GCCAAUUCUCUUUGGGUUGGAGAGCUGAUGGUUAACUUCUCGAAGAUCCGACAACAUGAAACUUCUGCUGUUCCUGUUCUGCGCUCUGAGGGCCUGUCUUGCCCAGGCCCCUGACCGAGCCCACGGUUGCUCCCAAGGAAGCUGCUAUCCCGCCACCGGAGAUCUGCUAGUCGGUCGGAAAAGCAAGCUGUCCGCAUCGUCCACCUGUGGCCUGAGGAAGCAGCAGCCUUAUUGCAUCGUCAGUCACUUGCAGGAUGAGAAGAAGUGUUUCCUCUGCGACUCCCGAAGGCCCUACCACCCUGUCCGCAAUCCCAUCAGCCACCGCGUGGAAUACGUCAUCACCACCUUUGCCCCGCAUCGCAAGAAGGCCUGGUGGCAGUCGGAGAAUGGUGUAUCUGAAGUCUUCCUCCGUCUGGAUCUGGAGGCAGAAUUCCACUUCACCCACCUCAUCAUGACCUUCAAGACGUUCAGACCGGCUGCCAUGCUGAUCGAGCGCUCCGCUGACUUUGGCCGCACCUGGCAAGUGUAUCGAUACUUCGCUUACGACUGCGCGUCUGAGUUUCCCCACGUGUCUCGAGGACCCCUGAGAAAGGUGGAUGACAUCAUCUGCGAAUCCCGCUACUCUGACAUCGAGCCGUCAACUGAGGGAGAAGUGAUCUACAGAGUUCUGGACCCAGCAAUCCGCAUCGAAGAUCCGUAUAGUCCUUCCAUUCAGAAUCUGCUGAAGAUCACCAACCUGCGGGUCAACUUCACCAAACUGCACACGCUGGGGGACAACCUGCUGGACUCCCGGCAUGAGAUCAAAGAGAAGUACUACUAUGCGAUGUAUGAGCUGGUGGUCCGAGGAAACUGCUUCUGCUACGGUCACGCCAGCGAGUGUGCCCCCAUCCAGGGCAUCCGGGGAGACAUCGAGGGAAUGGUUCACGGUAGAUGCAUGUGUAAUCACAACACCAAAGGUUUGAACUGUGAGCAGUGUGGCAGCUUCCACAACGACCUUCCCUGGAGGCCAGCUGAGGGACACUUUACCAACGCUUGCAAAAGGUGUACCUGCAACAACCAUGCCAGCAGCUGCCACUUUGACAUGGCGGUGUACAUGGCCACGGGAAACGUGAGCGGUGGGGUCUGCGACGACUGUCUGCACCACACGAUGGGCAGGAACUGCGAGCUCUGCAAACCCUUCUACUACCAGGACCCGGCAAGAGACAUCCGUGACCCCAGAGUCUGCAUCCCCUGCGACUGUGAUCCUGACGGCUCGGUGGACGGAGGGAUCUGCGAUGGGCACGAUGACUCCAGCCUGGGCAUGAUCGCCGGGCAGUGUCGCUGCAAGAGCCACGUGGAAGGUCCUCGCUGCGACAAGUGUAAGGCCGGAUACUUUGGGCUGAGCGCCGACAACACCCAGGGCUGCCAACCUUGUCGCUGUGACCCCCGGGGGACUGUGACAGACGGGCCAUCCUGCGAUCCCAUCAGUGGCGACUGCUUCUGCAAGAGACUGGUAACCGGACGCAGCUGUAACCAGUGUAUGACCGAACACUGGGCUCUGAGUCACGACCUGAACGGAUGUCGGCCUUGUGACUGCAGCAUAGGAGGAGCUUACAACAACCAGUGCUCCAUGGAAACCGGUCAAUGUCACUGCCGUGGCCAUAUGGUCGGUCGGCGGUGUGAUCAGGUGGAAUCUGGGUAUUUCUUCAUGGCUCUCGACCACUACACGUAUGAAGCGGAGUUGGCACAGUUUGGCUCGGGAGUGACUAAGGUACAUCGGGAGCACAUGGCGGGCCGGCCGGCCACCUGGACAGGUAGCGGAUUCGCGAAGGUGCUGGAAGGUGGCAUGUUGGAAUUCCUGAUCCACAACAUUCCUUAUUCCAUGGAGUACGACUUGGUGAUACGUUACGAGCCGCAGUUCCCAAUGGAAUGGGAGAUGGUGUUAGUGUCAAUCAUCCGUCCGGGGCCCAUCCCCACCAGCAGCCCCUGUGGGAACACCAUCCCUGCCGAUGAUCUAUUAGUUACAUCCUUGCCAUCAAGCUCCAGAUUUGUGAGCCUGCCACAGCCGGUGUGCCUAGAACGCUCCGUCAGCUACACCAUCCGGAUGGAGUUCAAACGCUACAUUUCACGGGAAAAGAUACCCGGGGCCAAUAUUCUGGUGGAUUCUAUGGUUCUGAUUCCUCGCUACUCUGCAAUGGAGAUGUUCAUCGCUGGAGACCGAGGGUCUAUCAGCCGGAGGGAGACCUUCGAGCGCUACCGUUGCCAUGACCACAGCAGGAACAUCGUCAAGUCUCCGAUGACCGACAUCUGUGCCAAACUCAUAAGCAGUUUGUCGGCCAUUAUCCACGACGGAGCCCUGUCUUGCCAAUGUGACCCCCAAGGCUCGCUGAGCUUGGUGUGUGACCCGAACGGAGGCCGCUGCAGAUGCAAGGCCAGGGUGAUCAGUCGCCGCUGUCACCAGUGUGCUCCGGGGACCUACGGGUUUGGCCCCACGGGCUGCAGAUCCUGCAGAUGCAGCUCAGAGGGAUCAUACAGCACGUCCUGCGACCCCUUCAGCGGCCAGUGUCAGUGCCGGCCGGGAGCCUUCGGGAUUCAGUGCAGCAAAUGUCAGCCCGGACACUGGGGUUUCCCAGCCUGUCGCCCGUGUCACUGCAACGGGCACACGGAGGCGUGCGAGCAGCUAACGGGCGCUUGCCUCAACUGCCGAAGCAACACCGUGGGGCCAAACUGCGAGAGAUGCGUAGCCGGUUACUACGGAAACCCGGUGCUUGGCUCCGGGGACCAUUGCCGUCCCUGUCCGUGUCCUGAUGGACCCACCAGUGGCCGACAUUUUGCUGCCUCGUGUUACCAAGAGCACAGGACAAGGCAGAUUAUCUGCAACUGCAACCAGGGGUACACAGGUUCCCGUUGCGAAGAGUGUGCGUCGGGUCACUAUGGAAACCCUUCCCAGCGAGGCGGCAAAUGCCUUCCGUGCCAGUGUAACCGCAACAUUGACGUCAGCCAACCCGGAUCGUGUUCCCGGCAGACAGGCCAGUGCCUCAAGUGUUUGUACAACACGGAGGGCCUUCAAUGUGAGCGCUGCAAACUGGGCUACUUCGGUCAAGCGUCUCGAAGGAAUUGCAGAGAGUGUGCCUGUAACCAGCUGGGCACCGACCACAGACACUGCGCGUCGAGGGACAGGUGUACCUGUGACCCGCUGACAGGCCAGUGCUCCUGUUUGCCCAACGUGAUGGGGCAGAACUGCGACCGCUGCACCGCCAACCACUGGAAACUGGCCAGCGGAGGUGGUUGCCUGCCGUGCCAAUGCAGCCCCGUCAACUCCUUCGGUCCGACCUGCAACGAGUUCACGGGUCAGUGCCUGUGCCAUCCCGGCUUUGGAGGACAAACCUGUACGGAUUGCCAAGAGAAUUACUGGGGAGACCCAAAUACACAGUGUCGAGUGUGUGACUGCGACCAACAGGGCAUCGAGACCAACCAGUGCGACCGAGGGAGCGGUCACUGCGUGUGCCGUCAAGGCGUGUCCGGAGUGCGCUGCGACCAAUGCGCCAGAGGCUUCUCUGGAGAGUUCCCCGACUGUCACCCUUGCCACCAGUGCUUCGGAGACUGGGACCGGGUUGUCCAGGAUCUGUCGGCGCAGACCAGGAUUCUGAUCGAACGAGCCAGGGAGAUCCGGGUCAGCGGAGUCAGCGGAGUGUACGGGGACAACUUCCGCGUCCUGGAGGAGAAGCUGACGGAGGCUCGGAGAAUCGUGACUGGCCGAAACGCCACGGCAGUGGCUGUGACCCAGCUCAUGAACCUCAUUGCUGACCUGCGGGACAAAAUCUCCGAGACCACGGACACGCUGACCAAACUGGAGGCCGACCUAACAGAGGCCCAGGACCAGAACAGCAAAGCCAACAACGAUCUGAAUAACCUGGAGCGUGAGGCGCGAGCGGUGAACCACUCUGCCAAGGAGCUCGACCGCCAACUCGAUGUCCUCAAACACUCCAACUUCCUGGGCGCUUACGACAGUAUCCUGGGCUCCCACAACCAGUCGUGUCAGGCAGAGCGCAGAGUGAACGGGUCCACCGUGACCUUCCCCAGCAUUGUCGGCGAAUCGGCCGACACCCGGCGCCGGACCGAGCUGGUGAUGAGAGCCCGAAAGGACGAGUUUAACCGCAAGAACGCUGCUAACAGGCGCGCCCUCAACGACCUGUCCGCCAAAGUGCAAACACUCAAUCUGAAGAAGAUUAACGAGAAGGUCUGUGGCGCUCCUGGAAAUCUGCUCUGCAUAGAGAGCCCUUGUGGCGGAGCGGGAUGUCGGGAAGACGAUGGCUCGAGACACUGUGGAGGGAUUAACUGCAACGGCGCCGUUGCCGUGGCUGAUACCGCUCUCGAUCGAGCUCAGCAAUCGGAGGAGGAGCUCCAGAAAGCCAUGAACGAGGUGGAGGAAUUGUUCCAGAAGGUUGCCGAAGCUAAACUAAAAGCAAACGAAGCAAAACGAAAAGCCCAGGCCACCCUGGACAAAGCCAACGACACCAAGGAUCGCAUCAAUCGCUCGAACAAAGAGCUGCGUGAUCUCAUCCAGCAAAUCCGAGACUUUCUCACACAGGAGGGUGCAGACCCAGACAGUAUCGAAAUGGUCGCCAGUCGGGUGUUGGAGCUCUCGAUCCCUGCGUCCCCUCAGCAGAUCCGCUACCUUGCGGAGGAGAUAAAAGACAAAGUGAACAGCUUGUCUAACGUGGAUGCCAUUCUUGAUCAGACUGCUGGUGACGUCAGGAAAGCUGAGCAACUUCUCCAGGAUGCAAGAAGGGCCCGGAACCGUGCGGAGAACGUGAAGAACACGGCUGAGGCCGUGAAGCAAGCCCUGGAGGACGCACGCCGUGCACAACACGCGGCGGAGGAUGCAAUCCGCCGGGCGGCGGGGGACAUCGAGGAGACCGAGCGGACGCUGAGCGGGAUACAGACUGACACGGCGAACGCAGAGAGGAACCUGAACAAUGCCAUGGACCAGCUGGCACGGCUGGAUGGCAGGAUCGAUAUGCUGAAGAUGAAACGUGCCAAUAAUAGCCUGGCGGCGUCAAGAGCAGAGGAAACGGCUUCAGUGGCCCAAGAUAAGGCCAACGAGGCUAAGCAGAUAUUAGACGGGCAGCUCAUAGACAAAUACAAAAUGGUGCAAGGUCUCAUAGACCGAAAGGCCAGCACGAUUAUUGACGCCAAACGUAAAGCGGAACAACUUAGAGACGAAGCAAGACAACUCCUGAGAGAUGCACAAAACAAGCUGGAGAGGUUGAAUGUGCUUGAACGGCAGUACGUAGUGAACGAACACGUUCUGGAGGGGAAAGCCCAGCAGUUGGACAAACUAGAAGAGAAGAUGAAGAGCAUCUUGAAAGCCAUUAACCUGCAGAUCCAAAUCUACAACACCUGCCAGUAAAUGGACAAAUGCCAAAUGACACAAAUAAGCACUUGUAGUAGCUCUUGCGUUCAAACCCUUAGGAAAGCCGAAAGGAUAUUAAAUCACCCAAAUAUUACAUGGGGUAUGGCUAUCAUUCAGAAUCAGUCCGGUGUGCUGAAAUUGUGUGCAGAUUUUGCUUACGUAAUACAGAUUUUCCUGCGGUUUAUCCAUUGUUUGCCUGUACCUUGACUUAUCCAGUCUUCUCUCGUGCUCUUUUCCGUGUGAGCGGCGAUCUGCACUUUGGGCUGUAGCCCUUCACCAGUUUCUCAAGUGAAGCAACUUUUAACACA